ACAUUGCUGAGUAUCAGUGAGCUAACUAACUUCGAACAGUGCAUAAGCAAAGUGAAAAAGUGAAAACUAAAAUAUUAACAAAAUGCGUCUAGGACAGACUGUACCCAACUUCAAAGCUGCGACCACCAAGGGUCCCAUUAACUUCCACGAAUGGCAGGGCAACUCCUGGGUUGUGCUUUUCUCUCAUCCCUCCGACUUUACACCCGUGUGCACCACCGAACUGGGUCGCAUUGCAGUGCAUCAGCCCGAAUUCGCCAAGCGUAAUGCCAAGUGCUUGGCCCACUCUGUCGACGAGUUGAACUCGCAUGUGGACUGGGUUAACGACAUCAAGUCUUAUUGCUUGGAUAUUCCCGGCGAGUUCCCUUAUCCCAUUAUUGCUGAUCCCACUCGCGACUUGGCUGUGUCUCUGGGCAUGCUGGAUGAGGAUCAGAAGAAGGAUCCCGAGGUCGGCAAGACCAUUCGUGCGCUCUUCAUCAUCAGCCCCGACCACAAAGUCCGCCUAUCCAUGUUCUAUCCCAUGUCCACUGGCCGCAAUGUUGAUGAGAUCUUGCGUGUCAUUGACUCUCUGCAGCUGACCGAUCGCUUGAAGGUUGUGGCUACUCCCGCCAACUGGACACCCGGCACCAAAGUCAUGAUUUUGCCCACUGUUACCGACGAGGAGGCCAACAAGCUGUUCCCCAAGGGCUUCGAUAAAGUCUCGAUGCCCUCCGGCGUUAACUAUGUGCGCACCACUGAAAAUUAUUAAGAGCUAUUGUUUAUAACUCUUUAUGUUUGUUAUACAAAAUAUUAUUAGGCAAAUAAAUAUUUUUUAAAAAAUCAAAACUA